AUGUUUCCAAAUGCGCAAGUGCGGCUGUGUUUUUACCAUCUGGGACAAAGUUCGUACAGGAAAGUUCAGGAACUUGGCCUACAAGCAGCCUACAUUAAUCCCGAAAAUCGAGAAUUAAAGAUUGCAGUUCACUGCAUGUUAAGUGUGGCUUUUGUACCACCAGAUGACGUAGAAGAAGUGUUCGAUGCCCUUGCCGAGACUCUUCCCGAUAAUUUACAAGACCUGGCGGAUUAUUUCGAAAGAGUCUACAUCAAAGGAAUCAGACGAAGACGUGGUCGAAGAACUCCUCCCCAAUACGCACCCGCUUUAUGGAACCAAUUUGAAGCUAUCGCAAAUAAUGAACCCAGAACAAACAAUCUUACGGAAGGGUGGCACCACCGGUUCAAUGAUUUAGUGGGGAAGAACCACCCCUCUUUUUAUCAUUUUCUCAGAGAGUUGAGGAAAGAGAAUGACGAUGUGGAGAACAUGAUCAUGGAGGUCGAGAUGGGAAGAACUGUCAAAAUGCCGCAAAGGUCAAAAUAUCGGCGUGUCAACGAAAGACUGCACCGGCUAGCGGGACGGUAUGAGGCGAUGAAAACUGCUGGGAGACAACUAGAUUAUCUCCGCGCGUGUGCGCACAACUUCGACCUGUAA